CGGCGGCGUGGGUUUCCAAUUCUUUCUAAGAAACAUCUUGCGCGCUCGUCACAGAGGGGCAAUUUCAUCGGAGCGCUCAUGAGCUACGAACGAAUCUCAGACAGUAAGAGACGUGGAAGUUCGAGUAGCAGUGAAUUUGCAGAAGACGAUAAAGAAGUUCCUUUGCCGUGCAAAAUACCUCUGCUGAAAAUGGCUGAGAGCAAUGCAAACUUCGACGGUCCUUCCCUUGCCACUACUGGAUCCAGUAAGCUGUCUUUCUAAUUGCGAGCGUCAUGAUGCAAUAUGAUAUUGCAACUGGUAUUGAAUUGUCUAUAAACUGGUUAAAAAACGAUCGUAUAAACCUUGGGCUCCUAGUCUGAGUCGUAAAUCACAUGGGUAACUUGCAGUAAAUGAAUCUUUAAUCUCGAAGUUCGUGUAGUUUGUCCUACGCUGUAGUUAAUAUCCAUGUGGUCACGCAGCGAAGUGAGACACGUCGGAAAUAUCACAAUAUCUUGGGUUAGACAGGAACAACUGAUUGUUAUUGAACUUCGCCUUGAUCCAAAACCUUAACAUGCGAUAGUUAUUUCCAUACGAAUCUGCGCUUAUUUUAAAAGAGAAAUAUCAUUUGUUGUCAAUUCGAUUUGGACUCAUCUUUCGACUGGAAUUCCAAGGGAAAUUUCAUUGGAAAUUUGCACUUAGGUCAAUGGAACAAAUCUACUUCUGUUCUUAUAUUAGUGUCUCAUUAUGUUAUUUUUUUCCUAUUAAGAUCGAAGCAAGCUGGGUCACUGACGCGAAUCGAAGCUUAGCUAGAUUCAUUUAUCUUAACGCUGUAGAGAUUUGAAGCAACAAAGAUUUCGCCAAAAUAAUUAGUCCAUAGUCGUUGCAAACUUUACGUCUGUGUUGGUCAAGUGAAAGUUUGGUUGUGAACAAAAUUUGGCUAUUCUGAAAGUUGUUCUAUCGGUAGAGAAGUAUUUAUCUCCUUACUAAUUUUGUAAAACGUUUGAUGUUUGAACAAUCAGUAUUGUGUGCAAAAGUGAUCUUUCCCCUUUCCUUAUUUGGCUGUCCAAGCUGGUUCUGGUAGACCAGCUAUAGUCUAUGGAGGAUAUAAAUACCAUUUAAAAACCAAGCCCAAAUUCUACCCAAAUGAUCUCUGUACUUAUCACAUUUUUAAUUUGUUUCCUUCCUGUUUACAAAGGAAAAUAUGGACAAAUGUCUAAUUCCCAAUUUACCUGUUCAUGCCCCUCAUUAACCACUUAACUCCCAGGAGUGACCAACAUAUUAAGUCUCCUUGUAAUUUUUAAUUAAAUGUCUAGUAGAUAGUUAUUGGGAAUUAAGAGAAUUAUCAGCUCAGGGCUAGUGUCUUGAUAAAACACCAAAUUCUCAGGAGUAGGCAACAACUGUUUGCAUGGCCACCAGUUUAGAGAAUUAGCUUUCAGAUCUUGCAAGUGAAAGGGUACUGUGAAAGAUGCGUCCAUAUGAUUCUAGCUUUAGAUCAAGCUCACAGCUGCAUGCAAAGCACCAAUGAAAUUCCAAGGUGACAAUAUUAAUUUUUUUUUUCUAAUUUGCAGUUGACAUGGAUUUCUUAGCUACCAUUGCCCCUCCUGUGGUCACUCAGCCACAGGCCUUCACAGAUGCAAUGUUGGAUCCAGUUUCCAGAGGCCUUAUGACAUCAUUAACCACCAAACACAUGAGUGGAGCAACUCUUCAAAGGACAUUGCGGCAUAAUGCGGAUCAGCUUCAACGCACUGUUCAGGGCCAAUUUGUGUCUCUUAAGGUUUGUGAAGUAAGGUUAGCAUAUGAGCUUCUAGUGAGCAAAAUAGGGACUCUUAUGGAGAAACAGGUUAUUAUUUCUAAAUUUCACUUUUCUACUUUUAUUUUCCUCUACAGGGAAAUAUGAGUUAUAGAGAUCUCUUGGCAGGACUGAUCUAUGAAGGGGAAAGUUUUCAAGCUCUGAAUCAGUUCACUUUCAUGAACUACACGCAUGUGCAGUUCUCUGAUGAAAAUUUCAAGCAUGUUAGCCAGAGAAGUGGUGGCAUUUGCCUUUUAACAAACAAGAGAAUUCUCUUUUUGUCUUCACAACUUGCUGUGGGUAGGUUAAUUUUUUCAUUUUUAGAGUUACACUGUAUGAGACAGCACAGGUACUGUAUGAGUCAUUUUGAUCUCAUUUUAAGCUAGAACAAUAAAUUAACAAAAAGGGGGAAGAGAGUACAUGUACAUGCAACUUUCACAACAUUAAUUAGAUUUUUCUUAAGUGAAACAAUUUCGAAGGGAUCUCAAAUUGGCUCAUGAGGCUGAUAAAUUGAAGUAUGCAACAUUUGGUUUUUAAAUUAACAGUUUCCGUAAGUUUGACCUUUUCUUCAAGACAAAUUUACAACAAGAUUUAAUUUUGUAAUAAACUGAUUUUUACCUUGAACAAUCUAGUUCCCAAUUUUGAACUCAAAACUUUUAGCUGUGAACAUUUUGUUAACUGAAUCAGUUGCAAUUUUUAGCGUGUUGAACCCAACUUAUUGGUAAACAUUUUCAUGAGCCAAACUUGAAGGUUCUCAAUCCUCUCUGUUAAAAUUUUAAUGGUAAAAUGGUAAAAUGUUACAAGGAUAUGGAUUAGUGAAUGUCGCAACGUAAUAGGGACAAGAUCCUAUACAUGUAUCUGUGUGAAAGUAUACUUCAUUGACCAUGACCCUAGUGGGGCUUUUCAGGGUCCAAAUGAAUGAUUGAAGAAGCACUUUGUUAAAAAAUGGAAUCUAACAGGAAGUAGACCAGUUGGUUUUAAACACAAAGUGCAGCCAAGAAGUUGAACUUGGCACAUUUACCACAGACAAAUCCAGUGAGUAGCAGGGUGGAACCCUUUCAACUGGGACCAGCAGAUUAAUUAUAAGCCCAGCGCUCUAACUACUUGGUCACACUGCCUCCUAGUAAUGACUGUCACCACUAUUUUGCAGGCACAUCCCUGAUAGAGUGGGGUGAUGCAAAGAAGCUGCCAGGAGGAUACAGCAUUCAGACGUCAUGCAAUGAUACCACUUAUUACCUCCCAAUCCCACUGCGUUGUCUACGAAGUGUAGAGAUGCGUGGGGAGACAGGUGUGCGUGGAGAGAUAACAGUCCAUGGAAAUCCCCCUUGUUGCUUUGGGUGGUGUGGACUUUGUGGGGUAUGAAGAUUUUUCCUUUCUGAAAUUUACAGAAAGCAUGUAAUUUCAGAUGUACUUGACUACGCAUGUCAUAUUGCAUAGCUACCCAUAGUUUAACCUGCAAGUGUCCUUACCCAUAAAUGUCUUUUCUCUACUUGUAAUCAAGUAACAUAGUAUUACACAGUUAACUGUAACUCAGAACUGUUUUCAGUUCUCAACCAUGAAGCUAUCCUAUCACACCUGUACCUAAGAGGCAAGAUGUGAGACAAAGUGUUUAAAAAUAAUCAAUCAAUCAAAAAACAUCCCAUGGAACAAUUCUGGGAAUGUCCUUUAAAAUGAGUAUCCUAAUAAUUAGUCUUCCAGUGAUUAAGUGACUUAGGGAAUUUUAGCUCUCUGUCAAAAAAAGAUUGAAAUUUGUUUGUUUGUUUAGUGGUGUUUGUGUUGUGUUCUGCUUUGUUUCGUUGGAUUUUGUUAUGAGGGCAUAACUUAAAAAACUUAAGAAUUAAUUACUUAUUUAUCAUACAUACAUGUGUUAUAACAUCACCAAAUUAAAACGUCUGUUAACUGCAACUUUUAUAUUUAAUUUUCAGUUGACCUGUUGCCAGGAUUCAAACUUAAUGAAGCAGUGGGACACAAAACCUGUGACUCGCUCACAGGUGCAAGAGAUGCGAGUCACCCUUGGGGUCCUGAUGCCACCAUGGGAACGCAAGAUGUUUCUCGACGUUCACAUUGACCCUAAUGUGCCCUUGCCAGUAACUAGAGAUUUUGUGGCCUUGCUGCAAAAAAAUUCCCCAUCACUCAGCUGAAUGAUCACUGGUGAUUGAUUUUCUGCUUGGACAUAAUCACCAAAUGAAGAUAAAGAAGAAUACAAGAAUUAAUUUCUCUAAAACUUUGUCAUUAGACAUUUAAUGUGACUAUAGUUUGAAUAUGUUGUGAAGGUCUUUUUAGUUUGUUGUUUCAAGAAAAGAAAUGUUGAUGCUUUCACCCUAAGGGGAGUUUUACCCACUAGCCUUCUCAUGUUUGGAGUGCCUAUAGCUCCAAGGCAGUAACACUUAUUUUCAAUUGUAAAACAUUACAUCAUUAGAAUAUUUGCCAAUGCAAUUGGCAAAUAACCACAAUGUAAGUUAAGUACAUGCACAUUGUACAUGGAUUAAUUUUACUAACAGUAUCUGCAGAAGAUAGUAUGGUUAGGUAACUUUCAAUGAUUUUCAAACAGAUCUGUGGCAUAAUUUAAUGUUUUUCUAUAAGAAUUUGUUUUGCUUCAAGCAAGUAACACCAAGUCUCAAGUUGUAACAGCUUGGAAAAAGUAAGCAUUCGUGAGUGAGAAGGCUGGAGAUGGUAGAAACAAUAAAAAUGUUUUAUCUAAUUAUCUUGGUUAUCCUUUAGAUGAGAAUUAAGUGGUACCCAGCACAAACUAAAUUAUUAGUAUGAAAACACCUUGUUAAAUUACAUGCCAGGCUAUUUUCCCAACAUGUCAUAAACUGAAUUUUUUACAUGUAAACAUAAGUUCAGACAUGAAUUUCCAGGCAUGCAUAUAGAAGUUAAUUUUUCACUGUUGUUGAAUAGUUUUUUGACAAGUUAAUUGUUCUUAGAAUUUUUGGAGUACAGAAACAAAGUUAUGUUGUGAUAAUAAAAGAUAUAUGAUUAAAGGUGGAUUGUGAAUUCCAAAUGUUUCUUAUUAUAACCAGGUUGGUUUACAUUAAAAAGGUGUGCAACAAGAGUGGAAAGAGUGAGACAACUAGCUUUGAAAGCAUUGGCUUUUCCACUGCUUCUUCCACAGAUUAGUGACGAAGAAUUUGUUAAACUGAUCAUGUGUCUGUGUAUGUGUAUGUGAUACUUAACCCUUUACACCCUAACAUCAAUAUGCACAUUCUCCAUACUGUUUUCUAUAUAAUUCCUAAGGUGCUGAUAAGGAGAAUUUGUUUAUCGAUCAAGAGAAAAUUUAGUUGGUGAUCAUUUCCUUUAUUCUCAUGACCUUACUGUGUGAUACAGGGGUUAAACUGAUAAAUAAGAUGGUAGUCACUCUCAGGGGUUAAAGGGUGAAGACUCCUGAUGCAUGAAAACUGAAGGGAUGCCAAAUCACAGUUAUUUAUA